AUGCUAUCCCCUAUCUUCAAGACCCUCCCUCUGCGGGGAUUCCUUCGUACACCGCAGACUGUUACUAUCGCUAUUGCCGCUGCACGACCCUUCUCUACCUCUACAAACCUUUCUUCACCAGUAACACUGUCCUUCGCCGAUGUGCCCAAACCAGUACCUCAAGAAGCAGCAAAAUCUCAGCCUAUUGUCAUCCUCCAUGGAUUAUUUGGGUCCAAACAAAAUUGGAAAUCACUCUCUAAAGCAAUGGCUUCUCGGCUUAAUACUCAAGUCAUUGCAUUGGAUCUUCGUAAUCAUGGAGAGAGUGGACACUCCCAAGUGCAUGAUUACAGUCAUAUGAUGAUAGACGUCGCUCAUUUCCUCAAAGAACGGAACCUAGAAAACCCUAUUAUCAUUGGUCAUUCCAUGGGAGGCAAGGUAGCUAUGACCAUUGCAUUAAACCAAACUCCAAUAGAUCGCCUGAUCGUUGUGGAUAUAGCCCCUAUCAAUGCAAAGAUCCCUUCCGAAUUCGCCAAGUAUGUAGAAUCCUUGAAGGAGAUCCAAGCAGCCCGCAUUAGGAGACAAAGUGAAGCAGAUGAUAUCCUAAAAAAAGCAGUUCCCGAUGUGGGAGUUCGUCAAUUUUUGCUGACAAAUUUGAAACGGGAUACUUUGAACGACACAUUCAACUUUCGUGUUCCGCUUGAAACCAUUGGUAAUUCACUGAGCAAGCUGGGCCAAUUCGAUUUUGUUCCAGGACAAGCUGAGUACAGUGGCAAGGCUCUGUUCAUCAAAGGCAACAAAUCUGACUACAUCACUGAGAAGGGGAUCGAGCUGAUCAAGUCGCUCUUCCCUAAUGCAAGGAUCGAAGGAUUAGAAGCUGGGCAUUGGACACAUGCUGAGAAACCAGAGGAAUUCUUGAAACUUGUAACAGAAUUUGCGCAGGAAAAAUAGAUAUUUAGAGAGUAACAUAGACGACGACACAUAGAUGUCUCUAUUUCUUUUCAAUGCAAGAAUUGAUUGGCUGAAUCCCGUCUCACGUGGCUAUGACAUCCCUUAUCCCAGAGGGUCAAGCUUGUCGUUCUUUUUGGCUAGACUCUUUCAAAUAUAAAU